GACUAAAGAAUGAAACGUUUAGGUUUAGAAACGGAUUAUUCACAGGUGCCAAAAAUUCGGGAACAUUUACUUAAAUAUCAGCCAAAUAUUACCGAUUUGCCACCGCGUUCUAUGCAAGAUUCCUUUACUUCAGUUAUAAUACCGUUAAGUUCUGAUAAAAGCCUACAAGACCAAUAUGUCGCAUUUUUGGGCCAUGUUCGAUUAGGACGUUUAAUGGAAGACAUGGAUAUGUUUGCUGUUUGGGUAUGUCAUCAACAUGUGCAUGUCCCUUCUCUACCAGCGGAUGUUCAUUUGCCCUAUAUAUUUGUUACUAUACUAGUCGAUAAGGUAACAUUUUCCGGUGUACAAACUAGGGCCACUGAAGAUAUACGUAUGUCAGGGCAUGUUUCAUGGGUGGGUAGAAGUUCAAUGGAAAUUUUUGUAUGGCUAGAGCAAAAAGAGAAUGGUUCAUGGCCUAAAAUUACACGAGCUUUAUUUUUAAUGGCUGCACGUAAUGCCACCAAUACGGGAGCGGCGCCAGUUAAUCCUAUCAAACCCGCCACUGAUGAAGAGAAGAAUAUUUUAGAUGGUGGCGAAAAACGUAAGAAAUUGCGUCAAAAAUUAUAAGCGUCUUCCAUAUUCAAAGUGGAACCCAAUGAUUUUGAACAAUCAUUGAUGUAUGAUCUGUAUAAGCGUACCACACCACAAACGACAAUCGCGUUAAAUAAACGUGUUUUACCAUCUAAUUGCCGUUGGAUGUCUGAUUCUUAUGUGGUGAAUACAAUGGCUUCGUAUCCGGAAAAUCGUAAUGCCCAUAAUAAAGUAUUUCGCGGCUUUUUAAUGCGCACCGCAUUGGAAAUCAGUUGGGUGGGGGCGAAUCUCUUUUGCAAAAAUCGCCCUAAAUUGGAGCAUAUUUGUGAUAUUAGUUUUGAGAAACCUGUGAGUGUUAAUUCAUUCAUUAAAAUGACUGCCUAUGUGGUCUACACUGAAGUUAACUACAUGCAAAUGAUGAUGAUCCUUGCAAUUGUACGAAAAUUUAGUUCUUUUCCCUUUUUUUAG